AUGCAAUCAAUUGGAGUAUCAGCCGUUUGCUUCUUGUUGGUAAUUUCAUCAGCAAUUUGUGAACAACAAUUAACCGGAGGAAAUGUUCAUGGAAAAGGUUUGUUCUCAAUGUUCAACCCAUUCUCAAUGGCCUCAAGUGCCGUGAAAGCAAUGGGAGACAUGGGCUCAAGUGCUAGUUCAGCCGCUGCUUCUGCUGCCACCAAUGGUGCUAACGCUGCUUCAAGUGGCCUUAAAGCUGUUGGUUCACUUAACUCUGCCAUCGCUAAUGGUUUUGGUGCUUUAGCUCAAACUGGUGCUGGUAUGGCCGCAAAUGCUACUAAUAAACUUGCCGAUGCUUCCAGUAAUGCCAUCAAGGGUGUCGGAUCAAUGGCCUCAGCUGGUUCACGAUUUGGUUCUCGAAUCGCUCAAGCUGCUGGUAAUUUGGAAGCCGCUAAACUUGGUCUUCUCGGUGGUCUUGCAUCAACUGGCGCUGGUCUAUUCUCCGGUGUAACCAACAGUUUCGGACAAAUGGCAAACUCAAUGCUUUCAGGCGCUGGUUUAGGUGCUUUAGGAGGUUUUGUCAACAAUGGUGCCUCGUUCGUUUCCAAUCUUGCCAAUGGAACUGGUUCAUUGAUCGACAACUCUUUCAAGGGUUUAGGUGGUCUUGCAAGUUCUGGUGCCAAUGUUAUCGCCUCUGGAAUCAACUCUACCGGUAACUUUGCUGAAAAUCUUUCCGACGAUAUCGCCGGUGCCACUUCACUUGGUAUUUCCGUUGGAUCCAAUUUGAUGAACGCUACUGGAGACGCUGCCGCAGCAGCUGCCGCAGGCUUAGGUAAUAUUGGAGAAGUAGGUUUCGGUAUCGCUGCUAACGCUUCCAACUCAAUGGGUUCAGUUGCCGACAAUGGACUCAAGACUCUCGGUGGAUUCACCAACUCAAGUGCAAACAGUAUCGCCAGUGCCUUAAAUGUUUUCGGUUAA